AUUUUUUUGCAGCAAUAUUGCCAUAAAGGCUUAAUGAUUUUGCUGCUCGUAUUACCGCACCUUACGUCGAAAGUUAAAUACUGAGAAAGGAGGCAAUAAAACAUCUCUCUAGUGGUAAUAUACCAACCUCUUAUAGUGAUGGUCACCUGGCUCAAGGUAAGAUCCAUUAAUGUCCCCGGAGGUGUAUUCAUUCAUAUCUUUAAAAAGGUGUUAAUUAUUGAUACUGAAAAUAUAAGCUCGUCAAACACGAGUUCACGUAUUGCCACGAAUACUCUGUUUGGGAACAAACAUGCUGGUUGUGGGAGGAGCGUGUAUUUAGUUGUGUGACAUUUCAUUCGAUCCGUUAAAUUGAGUCACGUGACUUAAUAACUGCUCUUUCUUGAAAUCGUUUUCUGUUUUGUUUUCAUUUUUGUUUCUUUUGUUGUUGUUCUUGAAGGCUGUUAUUUGUCCAGUCAUGAAAGCAAUGGCAAAAUCAGGAAACUAUACAAUCAAUAGAAACGUAAGGCUUAACGAAGAGCAAGAAGCCAAGAAGAAGAGCGUGCUGAAGGAAUCUAAGGAGGCAAUUAAGGAGUUUUUCCUCGAAACAACGGCACACGGUUUUGCCCGAGCGGCGUCCUCAUAUUCACGACUAGCGAGGUCAUUGUGGAUAUUGUUGCUGAUUGUGGCAUUUUCCUUCUGCUUCUACCACAACUCUGUCUCCAUUGGAAAAUAUUUCAAUUUUCCCGCUAAAACUGAUGUGCGGUUCUCUGAUGCUUGGUUCUCGAUUAAAUACCCAGCGAUAACCUUGUGUAACAUAAACAACCUGAAAAAGUCGUCAUUUUUUGUAAAAACAGUGGUAAAAGAGCUAAACAAGACAAGAGAUGCCUUUGGAGAUACUUCUAACAAGCGCCGAGAGAACCUUGAGCGCGUGUUGUAUUUUAUGUCGGGUUACAAGGAGGAGCAAGUGAAGGAUUUCGGUCAUCAGGCAAAGGACAUGAUCAUCGCAUGCAAUGCCCCGGGACGAUGGGCACAGUACCCAUGUGACUACAGGAACUUCACCUGGUUCUAUGACCAAAUUCAUGGCAAUUGCUACACGUUCAAUGCGGCCAGAAACCAGUCAGAACCUGUUUAUAUCGAGGACGCCGGACACAGACAUGGCUUACAUCUGACUCUUUUCGUGGAGGCCGAGGAGUACUGGUCCUACCUCAGUGACAGUCUUGGCUUCGUCAUCUCUAUCCACGACCGGGAGCAACUCCCCUUCCCUGCGGAGACUGGGUACUUCAUCUCUCCUGGCAUGGCUACUUCUGUAGCCCUACAAUCAAAAGUAUUGAAGCGACUGCCAUGGCCUUACGACCACAAAGAGUGUGAAACAAAACGUGGGAUUCCUGGUGUGACCCCAUCAAACACGAUCUACUCUGAAGAAGGCUGUAGGAAGAGCUGUGUCGCACGCAUGAUGCUAGAUAAGUGCAAAUGUGUGUCCCUGCUCUACCGCCUAAAGCCUAGUUGUAACCCUUUCAACAAAACCCAAGGUUCUUGUAUAGAGGACGUUCUACGAUCGCGCUCAAAGGAAAGCAUGUCUUCUUGUAACUGCCCACCGGCCUGUAGGGAAGAUGUCUUUACUACAUCGAUGUCAUCGUCAGUGUGGCCCACUCGCUCUUACAUGUCAAAUGUUCUUAAUACACUACCGCAAGGAAGCCAAGCACAGAAAGUGGUGACGAAUCUUAGUAGCGCAAGGGAAAACAUGGCUCACGUGAUGGUGUACUUUCCCACAUUGAUGCAAGAGUCCAUCGUACAAAAACCUGCUUAUCAGAUCGAAAGCCUUCUCGGAGAUAUCGGCGGGCAAAUGGGGCUGUUCAUAGGAAUCUCCGUAUUGACUCUGGUAGAGUUUAUCGCUCUCCUGUGGGAUCUCAUUGCCAUCGUCAUCUUCAAAAACAAGAAGAAUACCGCUGCCCCGGAUGGUGAAAAGCCAUGACAUUUGAAAGAAAUAUAGACUAAGAAAAAGUCAAGCAAAACAAAUAAAUUUUGUCGGUCUCACAAUUUUGAAGAGAGGCAGCCCUGGAUUUCACUUUUUUAAGGAAAAUAUUCGAAGAGCCGCAACGAUAUAAGCAUAAAAAUUGGAUUUUACAAAGUUGAGGCGGAUUCAAUUUACUGUAUAUUAUUUGCUAUUAUUUAAAAGUAAUGCCUUCAGUGCAUUUUGUAAUCAGAGCCCCAGUAAGCCACACCUUUGUAAUUAUUUUCUUUCAAUGGUAACAGAUGGUUUCGCCCACGUUGUUGUAUCGCCCACGUCUAUAAGACUAGUUUCGCCCACGCAUCAAGAGUUGCCUCGCCCACGCAUCAAGGUGUUUCGCCCACGGAUAAAAAUACGAGUUACUCUCGGGCUAUCUAAUCAGAAAACAUUUUGUUCGAAUGUAUAUCGCGCUGCUUUAGAAAAAUCAAAACUAAUGGAAUACUCUAUCGAUCGCAACGAUCUUUAUGGCAAAAAAAAGCUCAGAUAUAUGGGAUUCUUUUCGCCAUAAAAUAUAGCUCUCAUAACUGGAAUUAUGUUGGAUUCUGUGGGAUUUUGCCUGAUUCUGUUUAAUGCGCUUGUUUUAUGAGCGAGCGUAAACCGGCAUAUUUCAGUCGCUACCGACAUAUAAACAUGCUGUUGUUUUACAAAGACUUGAACAACAAUAGUGAACUCGCUCCUUCGGCGUGCGCACGGCUAUAACUAUUCCAAUGCUCUCCCGAUUGCCACGAUCUUUAUGUCAAAUUAAAGCUCACAUAUAGGGUAAUCGUUUCCGGCGUGGGCGAAGCAACUUUUGAUGCGUGGCCAAACUACUCUUAUAGAUGUGGGCGAUACUGACUACAACGUGGGCGAAACCACCGCAAUUCCUUUCAAUAUUGGAAUAAAUAAUUGAUGUUAUCUCGAAAUAACCAUCUAAAAACAAAGUUGAAUAUUUCACUUACAAAAUCAAAUAGAAAAUAUAGCAAUAACUUACAUAAAACAGCCGCUGGAGAUGGAUUCUUUCUCAGACUAGGAUGACAAAAUGGCGGCUGACAGAGACAGUGUCAUGGUAAGAGCUUUGCAAUAGCUCUCCGGCCCGGACCCAAUUUAGAAUUUCAGCCAAAUUAUAAUAUUGACUUAUGAGCCUUUGGUACAUAUGGGAUACUUAAAUUUAAAGGAAAUGACCACAAAAUGUCAAUAAACUAAGUUUUCAAUAAAAUAUUGCAUAUUAUUUUAGGCAUUGACUUGAAGUCCAACUGUUUGUGGACAAUUGAAAGCCUACAAUAGACACUGACUCCAGACAUGCGCAGUACCUGAUGGAGAUUACAAAUCGCACGAAUUAUCAUUCGAACCCCAAUAAAUUUGUUAAGAAAAAUAACACAAUAUGGAUAUCCAUCAAAUUCAUGCAUCAAAAGUUCCGAUUGCACUAUAUAUAACCAUUAAAAGAUGUUGCACAUGAUAAUUAAAACAAUUAUUAGUAAUAUAAGUAAAAACAAAGAGUAAAUACUAUCUGAAGACCAGAUAGUGACCGAUAUCGCAUUUAUUGCUCCACCAACUGGUUGCUAGUGACACGCGUGCAAAUAGGAUCGUGCUAUUUAUUGCUUUAUGUUGAGACAUAUGUACAUAUUUUCUCCGUUAUUUUUUAGAUUGGAUUAAACAAAACUAUAUAUAACCACAUGAA